GGGAUAACGAUAAAACGCAGACAGGAAAACAUGUGUUUUGGACUGCACCUUCAGAUGUAGAUAGUAGAAAGUUCCAGAAACAGCAAAGGAACAGUUUGUUUAUCAACAAGUCUCUUGAAGUGGAAAAAUGUCAGUCAUAGCAGAGGAAAAUGUCCGUGGCACUGGAGGUAGUGUUUUCAAGGAGAUCAGUGCUGAUGACGAAGACAAUCAACCCACCGAAAUUGAGAGUCUGUGCAUGAAUUGUUACCAAAAUGUAAGUCGAUCGCUAACUAACUCACUGAUUAGUUAAUUGAACGUAUGGGCUUGUCUAUAUCGCUGUAUGAUUGACUCAUCUAACAUGUUGUGUUCUCCCCAUUUUUGUAGGGAAUGACACGUAUUCUUCUUACGAAGAUUCCUUUCUUCAAAGAAGUUAUCAUCAGUUCUUUCACCUGCCCCAACUGCAGCUGGUCGAACACUGAAAUCCAAUCAGCUGGUCGCAUACAGGAUCAAGGCAUCGCCUACACACUCAAAGUCAAGUCAAAACAGGUAGUCUACGUAGGAUGUAGUUCCUUUCCCAGGCAUGUGCUGAACCACUGACAAGUAACUGCGUAGGCUAUGAGAUGUAGCUAGCCUGAGUGCCAGUCUGUUUGUAUCAUGCCACUCAUUGUCAUGGCAAAAUAGCAAUGGAGUUGGCAUUGACAAGAAGGAACCUGCAAGUAAGUGUUUCGUUGGACGAUGUAUACCAUGCGUAUCCCGUACAUACGACUAAUGAAACUUGAAACAUUGGCAAGAGCAGAACCAGAUCCAGGACGAGGCUAGCCAGAUGCGUUUGUUACGCAGUGUGGGUUAGCCUACUCCUUUACCAUCCAAUACAUUAUGUUAAGCGGUAAACUGGCUCUGGCAGCCAAAACAGCCUCAUACUCAUCUAAACUGAAAUCUAUUCUCAAUUGCGAUAUGUCAAUCAAAUCAAAUUUUAUUGGUCACAUACACAUAUUUAGCAGAUGUUGUACACAUAUUUAGCAGAUGUUGUUGCGGGUGUUCCUAGCUCCAACAGUGCAGUAGUAUCUAACAAUUCACAACAAUACACACAUCUAAAAGUAACAUAAAUAAAUUGAAGAAGGUGAAAGUGGAUUCACACUGGUAAGUCCAAUUUUAUCACCCCAGCCUCAUCUCUGUACAAUAUUAAAGUUACAUGAAUUGAACGUUUCUGGCAAUACAAUCAAGGCACAGGUUUAAUCAGAACUACAAAUGUUUUUUUUUUUUUUUUUUUUACUCUGGAUUUCUUUCAGAAUGAUCCUCUGUUUAAGAUACAUGAGUAUGUGUGUUACAGGUCAUUAACAAUUCACAACAAUACACACAUCUAAAAGUAAAAUAAUGGAAUUAAGAAAUAUAUAAAUAUUAGGAUGAGCAAUGUCGGCGUGGCAUUGACUAAAAUACAGUAGAAUAGAAUACAGGAUAUACAUGAGAUGAGUAAAGCAGUAUGUAAACAUUAUUUAAAGUGACGAGUGUUCCAUUAUUAAAGUGGCCAGUGAUUCCGUGUCUGUAUAUAGGGCAGCAGCUUCUAAGGUGCAGGGUUGAGUAACUGGGUGGUAGCCCUCUAAUGAUGGCUCUUUAACAAUCUGAUGGCCUUGAGAUAGAAGCUGUUUUUCAGUCUCUGUCCCAUCUUUGACGCAUUAAACACUUCUAUGAAUACUUUAUUAUCACAUCAAAAUAAUUGUACAAAUGCGAUAUAUACACUUACUGUUGAAACAGUUGCAGCCGAUAGCAUUUUUAACACUUUUCUAGCGUCCUUCCUUUACACACUUGUUUGGAGAAAGGGGUGUGGCAAAUUUCCACUGAUUUACCUAAGUCUCAGACUUGUUUCCAGCUCCAUACCUUCUCACUAAGCAGCUGUUGACGCUGACGUUGAUUAUGCUCUUCACAAGUCUUUAGUGUCACACUCUGUGAUGGAAACAGUUCCCAAAAUAUAACACUAGAGCAAACAUUAACAUAAUCACUGGCAACACACUGGUGCUGUAAUGGAAAAACCGUGCAACACAUCCAUUGGAAAUAUUGCCAUGUGGGAUUCUGUUAAAAUCAAGAACAACAGCUUUUUCACCUUGUCUGCUUGGGGAUUCAAACCAUCAAGCUUUCUGUUACUGGCCCAACGCUCUAACCCAGGGGUGUCAAACUCAUUCCAUGGAGGGCAUAGUGUCAGUGGGUUUUUCCUUUCAAAUAAGACCUAGACAACCAAGUGAGGGGAGUUCUUCACCAAUUAGUGACCUUAAUUAAUCAAUCAAGUACAAGGGGGGAGCGAAAACCUGCAGACACUCGGCCCUCCGUGGAAUGAGUUUGACACGUGCUCUAACCGUUAGGCUACCUGCCAUGUAUUUACCUUUUUUGUUUUUUGAAAAUUAUUUCUCGACGAUAUGAAAGUAAAGUUGUCCCGUGUAGCUCAGUUGGUAGAGCAUGGCGUUUGCAACGCCAGGGUUGUGGGUUCGUUUCCCACAGGGGGCCAGUAUGAAAAUUUAUGCACUCACUAACUGUAAGUCGCUCUGGAUAAGAGCGUCUGCUAAAUGACUAAAAUGUAAAUGUGAAAUGUUUCCUAUACAAAACCGGCUGCACGGGCAAUGUGUACAACAGUCCCUCCCGACACUCUGUCUAAACUGUAUUGGUAACGUUUAGACAGAGCGUCGGUACUGUUGUACACAUUGGCCGUGCCGUCGUCAAUCCUUCCCAUGAGAACAUAGGCCCAGACUAGCUUCAGCACACCUUUUGAUUUAUAUAGCUAGCUAAGAAAGAAAACAAUGUAUUAUAUUAUUUGAUUAAUCUUGUAUUAGAUAUUUAGUCUGUUUUGUCAUCUCAUUUCGUAGGAUAUGAAUCGAGAAGUUGUCAAAGCGGACAGUGCAACCACCAGAAUCCCAGAACUGGAUUUUGAAAUCCCCCCAUACACACAGAAGGGCUGUAAGUACUCACUCAGCUUUUAUUGAUUUGGAAAACAAUAUUCACUCUUCAUGCAUACAUGCCGCUGUCAUGUUGCCACUCAUAUUUUGUUGGCCUGAUAAUUGCUAGCCUGGUCCCAGAUCUAGAAAAUUGCCACUAAUCUAGAAAAUCCAAUAUACUGGCUUUUACUGCUGAGAUUCCUCUUAGCUUUUUUUACUGGGAUCAUUUGUAUAUUUUAUUUAUACACAGGGGUGCACAUAACUGGUACGCAAGCGCAACAAAAAUCAGGAAUGCGUAAUGCCACUUGUGUUACUACGCACCUUUGCGUACAUGACCGAUCUUCUCAUCUAACCUUACACAUGACAUGUUGCUUGUCAACUACUGUCAGGGAUGUCCAAAAAGCAACAGACAUUAAGCAGCUUCUUUGGCGUUUCGCCACCUACAAAGAAACGCCAACUGGAGCCAGAGCCGAAGAACAUAAUUUGUUCGGAAAAGUGGCUCCAAGAUGUGCAGUGGCUUGAAGGUAAUGAUGAGCGCACUGAAAUGUGGUGCAAGAUUUGCCGCUCAAAUCCACAUCUAGCAGACAAAACAGGUGCAUUUUAUAAAGGCUCAAAGAAUUAACCAUCCUUUAUUUGACAAACAUGAAAAGAGCAAGGAGCACACGAAUGUGGCGCAAGCCAUUGCUAAUAAACAAGCUAGCCGAGAAGAAAUGUCCAGUCGCCCACUUGCCAGAUGGCGAGACAAGCUGAAUGAAGAACAGCGGCAAGCUCUGUUUAAUAUUUUUCUCCUCGCCUUCCAUAAAGCUAAACAAGCACGGCCCAUGUCUUCCUAUUCUGAGGAUGUUCCUUUACUGAAGCGGCUAGGAGUAAAUGUCGGAGGUGCAUAUCAUUCACGUGAAGGGGGCACAUGGAUCAUGCAGAGCAUCGCUCACACCAUCAGCGGGGAGUUACGAGCCAAGUUGCAGUCUGCUGAAUUUUGGGGGCUGCUUUUUGAUGGAGCUGAGGACAUCACAAAAACGGAGCAGGAAAUCGUUUACAUUGUCUGUGUCCAGCAACGGAGAGUUUACUUCAGACUUUAUUGGACUGAUUGAAUUGGGUGCUGACCGAACCGCGCAGGCCAUAACAGAUGGAUUUGUGAGACUUUUCCAGGACACAGGCUUGGAUGACUGGACAACAAAGUUGGUCGCUGUGUGCACAGACGGGGCUGCUGUCAACGUAGGUAUCUACAGUGGCGUUGUGCCAAAACUCCGGCAACUUGCUGCGGUUGGAGACUCUCUUGUGCACAUUCUGUGCACCGCACACACACUGGAGAAUUGCGCGAAAUCAGCUGAUCGCAACGUUCCUUACUGUGAGACAUUUAAUCGCUCAGUGGUCAAGCUGCUGCAGUUUUAUUUACAAAAAGGUGGAGCAAAAAAAACUGCUGCACUGAAUAAGCUAUGUGAAGAAAAUGGGAUCUCCUUUGUGAAACUGGGUAAGUUUUAUAAUAUCAGAUGGUCUGCAUGGAGGCAUGAAACACUGUUAAAAAUAUCAAAACUAUUUCCAGCCAUUAAAAUGCAACUGGUUACAAGUGAUAACAGUGACUUGCAGCAUAUCUGCACAGAGCGUUUUCAGUGCUUUCUGUCAAACAUGCUUGACAUUUGCAACAUUUUAAAGACCACAUCCAUUAGGUUUCAGAAGGAAAAGCUGACCAUUGGAGAAUGUAAGGAUGAACUCAUGGUGGCCAUUGGACAGUUCACACUUCUGCUUGAUGGUGAAAGCCACAGGGCACACACUGUUUCCAAUGCUGACAGAGACAAGACACACUUACUCAGGGGGUUAAUUGAAGAGUUUGAAAUCCGAUAUGACUCCCUCAAGUCAUGUGAUCAUUUCUUAGUAUUUUAUCCUUCAACAUGGCCUCAGGAAAUGCAAGACCUCCACAGUUUUGGAAACACAACAGUUUGCAGCAUUCUCAAGAAAUAUGAGGCCACCUUGUAACUUGACAAAGAUACCACUGUGACAGAAUGGAUGCGCUUAAAGCAGGCAGGAAAACGCCUGGGAGCCUCUUCUGUGUAGGACUUGGUCCAAAUAGUAAAUACAAGUAACCCAGAUGCUUACUCCAACAUCAACAAGGUGGUUAAGCUGUCUCUUACACUGCCUUUUAAGCAGUGCAGCUUGUGAGAGGGGAUUCUCACAUCUCAACAUAAUAAACCAAGUACAGAUCUCGUCUGUCACAUGCUCGUCUCUCAGCCCUGAAGCACAUUAACCUGUCAAAGCAGACCACAGAGACAUUUGACCCAAAGCCUGCUGUUGACCUGUGGAUGGAGACAGCUAAUCGGAGGCUCAACCAAGGACAGGGAGGUGCAGCAUCUUCAUCUACCAUGCAGGAAGCUGAAGCAGAGGACAGUGGUGGCGGCACUGAGGAGGACAGUGAGGAAGACUGCACUUAAGACCAAGCUACAUAUGGGGUGAGUACCAGACACCAUCUGCUGGUACUCACCUGAGUAACUCACUGAAUAAGUUAUGUGCACCCCUGUUUAUAUACACAUUUGCCAAAGGCAGGAGUGUUGAAGGCUAAACUUGACCUAAUUAAUCCAACUGUUGUAUUAAGUUAAGCUUUGUUUACUUAGAGGAACACUUGUGCAUGUAGAUGUACAGUAUCCACAUAUGCCUCAAUCCCAUUCCAGCCAUUAACUGUUCCUCUUGCUCCCCAGCACUCUCUACCAUCGAAGGCCUCUUAGACCGUGCAGUUGCAGGGUUGGAGCAAGACCAGCCACUAAGAAAUGUAUAAGCUUUGUUUACUUUGAUUAUACCAAAUGCAAUUCCCUGCUUGUUGUUGACUAAAAUCAUGUUAACUCUUGAAGGCAACUGCACCAGAAGUUGCUGUAAAGAUUGAUGAGUUCAUUGAUAAAUUGAAGAAGUUGAAAGAAGGUGAAAGUGGAUUCACACUGGUAAGUCCAAUUUUAUCGCCCCAGCCUCAUCAGUGUACAAGAUUAAAGUUACAUGAAUUGAACGUUGCUGGCAAUACAAUCAAGGCACAGGUUUAAUCAGAACUACAAAUGUUUAUUAGUAUUUAUUUUUUACUCUGGAUUUCUUUCAGAAUGAUCCUCUGUUUAAGAUACAUGAGUAUGUGUGUUGUAGGUCAUUGAUGAUCCAUCUGGGAACAGUUUUGUGGAGAACCCUUUUGCUCCGCAGAAAGAUGAGGCUCUCUCGGUCAGCCACUACAAGAGAACACCCCAACAGGACGCCCAGUUAGGAAUAAAGGCGAGUGGUUUGACUUCGACACAUCACAACUCUCCUGUAAGGGGACAUGUCUGUUUUAGAAAGGCAGUGCCUCAGAUGCUGUCCUCAUGACGUUGCCCUCAUGAUGUCUUGUGCCAAUGCGUGUGGAAUCAUCACAGGGUAGAAAAAAAACAAAACAAUAUUUUAUAAUUUGACCCAUGUUCAUCAGUAGAAACUUAUCUAGCAUAAAAAUGUGACUUAAAAAUGUUUUUGUUUUUUUGCGUAGGCUGAAAAAGAGGAGGAUGAGGAGGAAAAGCCCAGUAAUGACAUUGACAGUAUGAGAAAUGAGGUGGGAUUUCCAGACAUUUUGCAUCACAAUUUAGAUUUUGAGUUUUUCCUCAAUAAUUGACCCUUGAGUAAUAUACCUUAUUUUAUCCCUCAGGUGUUGACGUUUAAUACAAAUUGUCCAGAGUGCAAUGCCCCAGCCUCGACAAACAUGAAGCUUGUCCGUAUCCUGUCCAGUCGGGUUGGUUGUCCCCAGCAGUGGUGUAGUGGAAGGUUAAGGCACGUAAAUGCCAUUUACACCUUUUUUUAUUUUGCGCAACCAUUCCUCUCCUUUUGCAGGAAAAUUCAUUGUAAGUAUAGGUAGUGGUACUUUACUCACCACAAAUGGCUAUCAGCAUUAACCCACCAAUUUUUUACAACUACAUCACUGGUCCCCAGUAGUGUCCUAUGAUAACGAUGGUGUAGAAUGGAUUUAUUGUUUUUGUUCUCUAUUUUACCCCCUUUUUCUCCCCAAUUUCAUGAUAUCCAAUUGCGAUCCAAAUAUGAUCUUGUCUCAUCGUGGCAACUCCCCAAUGGACUCGGGAGAGGCGACGGUCGAGUCAUGCGUUCUCCGAAAGAUGAUACGCCAAACCGCACUUCUUAACACCCGCCCACUUAACCCAGAAGCCAGCCACACCAAUGUGCCGGAGGAAACACUGUUCAACUGACAACCGAAGUUAGCCUGCAGGCACCCGGCCUGCCACAAGGAGUCACUAGAGCACGAUAAGCCAAGUAAAGCCCCCUCCCGGCAAAACCCUCCCCUAACCCAAUUGUGGGUUAUUGGGCCAAUUGUGCGCUGCCUAUGGGACUCCCAGUCACUGCCGGUUGUGACACAGCCUGGGAUCGAACCCGGGGUAUGUAGUGACGCCUCAAGCACUGCGAUGCAGUGCCUUAGACCGCUGCUCCACUCGGGAGACCAGGCGUAUAAUGUUUCAUUUUGCAAGGUUUAGGUGUCCUCCUUUACAAUUCCUCAGAAAUCCCCCAUUUCAAAGAAGUCAUUAUCAUGGCAACAAACUGUGAAGACUGUGGACAUCGAACCAACGAAGUAAGUGUCCUCUAUUUUUUUUAAAUUAAGUAAUUGUUAGGCACAUGUAUUUAUUUUCAAGGCAUAUUCACAGAUAUUGCAAAUAUCCUAAUAUGAAUGCAUUCCAACUUGACAAUCUACUCUGUGGGUAAGGUGAAAUCUGGUGGAGCCACAGAAGAGCUGGGCACCAAGAUAACCCUUCACCUCACUGACGUGUCUGACAUGUCCAGAGAUCUUCUCAAGGUAGCCCCCUCCAUUGUACUUCCUGUCUUUUUAUCUGGCAUUCACUAGUUACCUUUUACUGUUGCGUCAACCUGGUCCCAGGUCUGUUUGUGCUUUUGUAAAUUCCAUUACUACCAUUGUCAAGCCAAACAAUGUUUGGCAUGACAAUGAGUGACAAGGAGUUUGCAUGAUAGCACAAACAGACUGGUACUUAGGCUACCUUUGCAUGGCACAAAGUUCAUAGCACCCAUGCCAAAUGGAGCUCAUAAUAUGAAUAGUAUACUGUCGUGAUUGAGGUGGCUCAGGUAUUUGUUGACCUGUCUUCAGAGUUUGGGUCUUUUCCUAAUCAAUUCCUGUCAGUAAUGGAACAUGGAAUUUUUUCACAGGAGAACUAUUAUAUUCCUGAAUCAGGAUGGAGUUGACUCAACCAUGUUUGUGUUUGUGCAGUCGGAGACGUGUAGCAUCCUCAUACCUGAGCUGGAGUUUGAGUUGGGGAUGGCAGCUGUCGGUGGCAAAUUCACCACCUUGGAGGGACUCCUCAAAGACAUCAAAGAUCUGGUGAGCGCUUUAUUCAGAUCAGGGCUGCCCAACCCUCUUCCUGGAGAUCUACCAUCCUGUGGGUUUUCAGUCCAACCCUAAUUUAACACCUGAUUCUACUUAUUAGCUGCUCAACAAUUAGGGUUGGACUGAAAACCUACAGGACAGUAGAUCUCCAGGAAGAGGAUUGGGCAGCCCUGAUUCAGACCGUUGAGAAGUAGAGGGGGGAAAUGGGUGAAGGGGAGACACAGUAGGAAGGGUGCACACGGAUUGAACUCCAGUCUCCAGUGGAGUGUUGUAUAUGUUUUAAUGCUGUUUGUGUUACCUCUAGUCCACGGACUCUGCACCUGGGAAUCACUGUUGGCUUGGAUACCUUUGCCAUGGCUGAUGUGCUGUCAUUCGAAGGCCGCUGUGCACAACUCCAGUCCUUGUGGGAUACUGUGUCUGCUGAUUUCGUUUUCAUCUUUUUAAUUAGUGACUGAUUUAGACCUGUGAAGCCAGGUGUGGCCAAUCAUUGACAUUAAUUGAUUAGUUAAAUACUAGGGAGAAACCAAAACCAGAAGGACUGCCAUCCUCAAGGAUUUAAGUUGUGCACCCCUGUUCUACGGUCUCUUUCCCUGUGGACUCUAGCUAUAUUGUAUUAAUGUCUUCACCACCACUGUUCUGUUUUCCUCCAGAUUGUUUCCAAAAACCCAUUCACUUGUGGAGACAGCUCCACUUCAGAUCGAACAGAGAAACUGAAGCUUUUUGGCGAGAAGAUUGACAAGGUUAGAGGCAUAUAAUCCUUGAAUAUCACUACUGUUUUGUUUGGAGCUAGUUUUAGUCUGACUUUACAUAUAUAACCGUAGUGUAAUUAUACAUCCCGAAGUAUUUACACAUGGAAAGUUUUUACAUAUUUAUUUGCAUUCAAUUUGUGAACUAACUCAGAUGAACUCUUUGGCUAAUAGUCUCGCUAGAAUAUUUUUUUAAGAGCCAUUAUCUCCAUUGUGAGUUUAUUGCAAUUCUUUUAAAUUGUGAAUGUUACCAACUGGUAUAACAGUUGUAAAAACUAACAAUGUGUAUCUGCACUGUAAAUGCACUAUAACUACCAUGUAAAUAUACUUUUGUAAAUGUAAUGUAUAUUGGGACCCUAGUUUUAUAUUUGAACUAGGGUGCAUUUAUUCACUUAUUGUAUACUGACCCUCAAUCAUCAAACAACUUUUAGUAUGACAUGAUAUUUAGACUAAACAAAAGCUCAUGCAAGAAUUUCACAUAUGCUGUAUCUGAGAAGAAUACUUUAACAUGUUUGGCUUGGCAACAAAUUAGUUGUUGAAUGCAGAACAGUCUGGCACCCAUGCCGAAACUGUUGUAUCUCAAAGUAAUAAUAAUAAUAUGCCAUUUAGCAGACGCUUUUAUCCAAAGCGACAUACAGUCAUGCGUGCAUACAUUUUUGUGUAUGGGUGGUCCCGGGGAUCGAACCCACUACCUUGGCGUUACAAGCGCCGUGCUCUACCAGCUGAGCUACAGAGGACACACAAGUGUAAUGGAGGCUGAGUGGGACUUUAAAACGGCUCUUCUUUUGAAAAAUACUGUAGAUCAUGGCGGGAGAAAUGGAUGUGCACAUCGUUCUCGACGACCCUGCAGGGAACAGCUAUCUCCAGGUAAAAGACACACUCCUUUCUCAGAUGUCUAAGGUUCAACGCAUCAUCUCCUCUCAGUUGAUUAAUUUGUAAUGAAUUGGAAUUCAUUUGUGUCGUGUUUGUCUGCAGAACGUCUAUGCCCCUGACCCAGACCCAGAGAUGACAACUGAGAAGUACACCAGGACCUUUGAGCAGAAUGAAGACCUUGGUCUCAAUGAUAUGAAGACAGAGGGAUAUCAGGAGUAAGGACAUCUGCAGCAGUAGAAAGGUUGAUCUUACAAAAACAACGCAUCCCAUAAAUUUAAUUUAAGAGAUUUGCCCUCACUGAAGUUGCUGACUCACAAGGACACACUCCAGAUGUCUUAGUUUUGAUAUUUGGUUUGAUAUAUGGUUGAAAAUUUGAAAUAUACAUUAUUUAAAAGGAAACGCUCAAUAUGGUGUUUAUAAUUUGAUUAGAAAAGUAUAAAAAAAGAGAAAUGCACAAACAUCCAGUUUAUUAAUUAUCCAAUUUAAAUAAUUUGUAUGUGUAUUCACAUCUCUGGUUGGAAAUGUGGUUCUGAUUCAGUGGAAUUGACCUUUUUAAUUUAUGUUCUUUUCAAUGGGAAUAAAUAAACUAAGAAUACACA